UCGGGCUACAAGUUUUGAUGGAGUCGGUUCAACAAUGAGUCUCGAAACGAAACCAGAUCAAGCAGAGGAGGAUCCUUUUCUCGAGAAUGCUAAGCAGAACAAUGGCAAACCACGGAAGGAAAAACCGCACAAGGAUAUCAGAUGUGGAUUUUGGAUAUUCAAAGGAUCGCUGCUACAGCGCAUGGCAACGGAAAAGUCUUUUGUCUUAAUCUAUGGCAUCGGUGGCUGUCUCUUAUCCAUGGCCUUGGCCUAUUUCAAUGCCAUUGUGACGACAUUGGAGAAACGCUAUAAGAUCCCGACAAAGACAUCUGGCCUCAUUAUCGUUGGUAACGAUGUCAGCAUGAUGAUCACAUCUGUGCUGGCUGGCUACUACAUACACAAGGGACACCGUGCACGCUGGAUAGCAUUAGGAUUCUUCACGAUAUUCAUUUUCAGCGUGCUCACUUGCUCCUUGCACUUUGCCUAUGGCUCUGGCGAGGAUGCGCUAAAGCUCACACGUGAAUUUGGGGAUUUCGAAACGGUUGCUGAAUACACGGCAAUUGCACACAAGGAGCACAAACUAUGCAUGUCCGAGGAAUCGGGAUGUCAACAGAGCGAUGGCACUUGGGUGCCGCCGAUUGUUUUGUUCGUGGGCCAGUUUAUUGCAGGCAUUGGCAUAUCCUUGUUCUGGAUUGUGGGCGUCGCUUAUAUGGAUGACAAUACAGAGAAGGCGAAUACGCCAGCGUUGUUAAGCAUCUCUGCUUUUCUCCGCAUGCUGGGCCCAGCCCUUGGUUACUCCUUGGCCUCUGUCUGUCUGCGCUGGUAUAUUGAGCCGCAUUUGGAGCCGCUGAUCAAGCCCGGGGAUCCUCGUUGGCUGGGCGCCUGGUGGAUUGGAUGGCUCGUUCUAGCUGUCGUCACAUUUAUAGUCUCCUUCCUGAUGUUUAUGUUUCCCAAGGAGCUGCCCAGUUCGAAUGCACGGCGCAUUCAACUAGAGGAAGCUGGCAUCCAGAAUCCCAAGCAGCACAAGGAUCUCUCCAUGACCGACAUGAUACGUUCCAUCAAACGCCUGAUGGUCAACAAGGUGUUCAUGUACAACUCCUUCGCCUCCAGUUUCUACUUCUUUGGCUACUUGGCCUACUGGAUCUAUACGCCCAAGUACAUUGAGACCCAAUAUAGAACCUCCGCAUCCAUGGCCAGCAUGGCGACGGGCACUAUAGCUCUGGCUUUCUCUGCGGCGGGCGUGCUGCUCUCUGGCUUCGUUGUGUCCAAGUACAAGCCCAGUGGCAAGGCCAUGGCUGCCUGGAAUGGCUUCGUGGACUUCAUGACUGUCGCAGGCGUCUUGUGCUAUGUUGUGAUUGGCUGCAAAGGCAGCGACAAUAUGAGCUCCAUGGCAACAGUCAGUGGCAGCUGCGGCGUCUCCUGUCACUGCGAGUAUGUGCACUACGCACCCAUCUGCAGCCCCGACAAUGUCACCUACAUAUCCGCCUGCCAUGCCGGCUGCACGGGCACGGCCAAGGAUCAAUUCGACCGCACCUUGUACACAGGCUGUGAGUGCAUUGACCCAAAGAAUACAACAGCUGGAGUUGAGUUGCAGUAUGCAGUGGAUGGCGCCUGUCCCGUGGACUGCACCCAACAGUUCCUCGUCUUCCUCGUUGUGAUGUGCUUACUCAAGCUCGUCGGUGCCAGCAGCAAGUCCACAAAUCUGCUGAUAGCCCUGCGCUGUAUACAGCCGGAGGACAAGAGCUUUGCCCUGGGGCUGAGCGGCUUGAUCAGUUCUCUGUUCGCCUUUGUGCCCAGUCCCGUCUUCUUUGGCUGGCUGCUGGACAAAUAUUGCCUGGUGUGGGGCAAGACGUGCAGCAACAAAGGCAACUGCUGGCUCUACGACACCGAGUCCUUAAGAUACGCCUUCAACUUGACGGCAGCGUUCUUCAUAUUCCUCGGCGGCCUUUUGAAUAUUGGCGUUUACCGCAAUGCCUCAGAUUUGCUUAUAUUCGAUGAGGAGCCAAAUGAAGCGGAUCAAGCAGAUAGUAAAGUCGAUAGCUUUAGCUUGGAAAGCAAAGUCCAAGAGACGGAAGCAACAAGAGAUGUAGAAAAGUCUUAGAAAUAAUUUAAUAUUAACUCUGUGAGUCACUAAAACAAAUUAUGUUAAAUUUAUAGAAAA